AUGCCUCACCUGCGCCGACAACCAAACCCUCACGAUCUCCUCGCGAAUCAAGGCUCCGACGGGCCGGGGAACCUGCGGGCCCAAUUCCAGACACCUCCCUCCCGGCACACCCCCUCCAAUCCAACUCAUCGACACCCACCAUCCUCGGGACCGAAUGGUCUCACACCAGAACCAGCAGUCGUGAUGGCCCCUCCGAGUCACAAUCCAUUUUCUAUUUUCGCGCGUGGAAGACAUCAACAUCAUCAUCAAACUCCACCCCAGCCGCCACCCCCAGAAGAAGAAGAAGAGGUAGAGGAGGAGGAAGAACAAGAGCCAGAAGAAGAAGAACAGUUCGAAUAUUACGACCAAGAUGCACAAGAUAUGGUUGGACAGGACGAUGAGUCGAAUGUCCUGGAGCCAGAUGAUGAGCUGGAACCUGAAGAAGAUAUUGACGAGUCAGAGCUGUAUGGCGAGGAGGUCGAUGAUGGGCUCGAAGAACAACUAGAGGACGAAGAUAUUGACGAAGAGAUGCACGAUCGAGAAAAAUCACCAUCUCCAUUACCUCCCAACCUUCGCGAGAUCUCCUCUCUCGCGUCCUGGACCGUCUCAACCUCCAAACCUGGCUGCGGUGUCUCGGCCCUCCGUCACCCCUCACCAAUGCAAUACUGGCAAUCCGACGGGCCACAGCCACACACACUCACGCUGCACUUCUUCAAGUUGGUCGCCGUCGUACGCAUCCGCGUAUAUCUCGACUUCGAACUAGACGAGAGCUACACGCCUACAAAAAUGAUAUUCUUGGCCGGUAUGGGUGGGAACGACCUUGUCGAAUUUGCCACUUGGGAAGGAGACGGGCCCUGCGGCUGGGUGAAUGUUCCUUUAGAAGGUGUCGGAGGUCGAAAUGGGGGUUGGGUUCGCGAGGAGACGGUGCAGCAGAAACGACGUUCGAAGAGUGCGCAGCGACGGACACAGACCUCGGAUUCCCAGAAGAACCCCACGGCACAAGAAGAUGAUAGUGAUGCCCGCGAUUCGGCAGAUGAGGACUCAGCUGGUCAAGACGCAGACCACCAAGGAACCCUCGAUGACCCUUACGCGGGCAAUGUACUGAAGGCUAUGGUUAUUCAGAUGCGCGUGAUGGAAAAUCAUCAGAAUGGAAAGGAUACCCAUGUACGUGGGUUUCAGGUCUUCGCAUGCGAUGAUACCCGACGGCGCAUGGUGGCUGCUCCGUCUGCUUCGGCGGAUGGCCGUCAUCGUCGACACAGUGCCCGACAAUCGCUCAGAGGAGCUGAUAGCCUACCACAUUCACGUGUGGAAGGCGGAGGUGUCGAUCCGAGUAGUCUUAUGGCUGCUUCUGGACUUGAUGAACCGGAUUGGAUGGGUGAGCCGGUGAUCAGGUAG